AUGCUUAAGUCAGCUAAGAAGGGUAACUUUUGCAUAGUAACAGUAAAAGGAAGAAAAGUAGUUACCCUUUUUACUAGGGUAUUGUGCCCUCUUUAUAGGGAAGUGAAAGUGGGAGGUUGGUGUAGAUUUCCGAUGUGGGACUUUGUGCAAGUCGCUGUGGUGGUGACACGUGUUAUGGUGUUGAUGCUCUUGGUGCUAGUUGCUUUGAUGCCGGAUAUGCUCGGUUAA